GGGAGAAGGCUGAGAACCAUCCACGGACUCUCCGGCAGCCGACCCACACGGAACAGCCGCUACCACCAGCACCACCAACAUGAAGAUGGCCAACUGCGCUGCCCUGCUGGGGCUGGUCCUUCUCGGCUGCCUUUCUGAUCUUGCUGUUGCUCAAAGACGGGCCUCCUGCAGUGCCUACAGGCUGUCUUCAAAAACCAUGAGCAGCGUCUGUCCCCGCGACUACGACCCCGUGUGUGGCACCAAUGGCCGCACCUACCCCAACGAGUGUGCCCUCUGCAAGGACUCCCUCCUCAACCCUGCUCUUGACAAGAAACACGAUGGAAGAUGCGUUAGGGUCGACUGUACUGGUUUCCUGAAGCCUGGCAGUGGUUUCAACAUUCCCUGCACCAUGGAGUACAGCCCCAUCUGCGGCACCAACGGCAUCACCUACAGGAACAAGUGUCACUUCUGUAAUGCUGUGGCGAGCGGCCUGGAAGUGAACCUGAAGAGAUAUGGAGAGUGCUUCCAGCUGCAGCAAAACAUAAACAUCGACUGCAACCAGCAGAAGGGCGGCAGCCUCAUCUGCACCUCCGAGUACAACCCCAUCUGUGGCUCCGACGGCAGAACCUACGGAAACAAGUGCAAGUUCUGCAACGCUGUUUCCCGCAGCGCUGGAGGUCUGUUCUCCAGGCACCUUGGCAGCUGCUAAGUGCUGCAGCUGGACCCUUCAACAUGACAUUUCCCUCUCAACUUCUUCAAUCAAACAUGCUCUUCCUUGCUCCCUCAACUGUUAUCCAUCAGUUUCUGCUUUGACUGAUCAAUAAAUUAAAUGCAGCCACAAUCUUUGC